CAUCCCGAAUUAAUUCCAAUCCCUACAUUAAUUUCUCUCUACCCUGCCCGGAAAACUGCUCUUCAUCCAAGACAAAGAUGAGCCUGAAUUGCCUGACCUGCCAGGUCCUGCAAAGAACAAAUUCCUACAACGAUGGAGACUGUGGUCAAGUCAAUCAUCAAAAACCUCAUUUCCGACCCGAGAUCACGUGUUGUUUGAGGAACUGGUCGGGGAAUCUUAGCCCACCACCGUUCAGAAGCGGGUCUCUAAUGCCCCCAGCGAAGAAAAAGUUGUUGAUGAAGAGUAGUCACCGCCGGUUAAAUAGCACGGGAACUUUGUCGUUUGAAACAGACGUUGAGCCUAGGUUGGUGCGGAGCAGCGGAAUGAGGAGAGAUUGGAGCUUCGAGGAAUUGAGAGAAGAGACUCGAAAAAGAAAAGGCUGACAAUCUAUAUCAUGCAUGCCAGUCUUUACAAUCUACUUCGGCAUCUCAACAAACAUCAAGAGGUUGUAAAUUAUAUUUCUGUAACUAGAUUUGGUAUGCAUCGCUAACCAUUAAAUUUAUGGGUUUUCUACAUAUCAAUUGAUGUACAAGUUUGUCUAUGAACUAAAUAGUUAAUAGUCGUCUCUUUUUAUUAAAAAUAAAAAAUUUUAAGUUUC